CUUCUUAGGCAAUUUUCCAGCGAUGGAGGCCAUCCUUUUUGGUGUCGCUGGUUCUGUGAUAAUUGGAGCUGUGUUGUAUAUAGUAUCUACUUACUUCUUCAAAGAAAAGUCAUAUGAAGAGGUGCUAGAAGAGCAACGGAAAAUCCUACAAGAAGAACAUAAACAAAAAACAGAUGUCAAGAAAGAUAAGAAGCAGAAGAAGCUGAGAAAGGCACAAGAAAAACGUGAAAAGGCAGAACCUGCUCAUGAGAUUCGACCUCAUGUGGAAUUUGAACCUGAUCCUGAGAUUCUUGAGGGCAGUCCUGGAGUUAAAGCAGAUAUCAUUGCUGAAAAGUUGAAGAGUGCAAAGGCUUCUCCUGUGAAAGAGAAGCCAAAACCCAUACUUCAUCUGAAGCCUGAUGCAGGAUCUUCUAAAGAAGAGGAUGAGGAGGAGGAGCCAGUAUUUGUCCGAUCCAGAGGAAACAGUUUCUCGAUAAUUAAGCCCCUUGAUGACUUGGAAUUGAAACUUAUCCAGGAUGGAAAGGGUAAGAAGAAGCAAGUGAAGGAAGAAAUGCUGAAGACCAAGCCUGCAACCAAAAAGGUUGAUGAUGAAGGUGGAGAGAAAGCUGAAGAUGAAGAGGAGGAAGAAGAGCCAACCACGGUUCCAGUUCCACCCCCACCAACUCCAAGUGUCGGCACUCCCUCCUCCACAUCAUCUGCUUCUCCUGUUCCUCCUCCUUCACCUGAUAUCACUGAUUCGAGGAAGAUGGUCCCUGUUGCUGAACCAUCUCUUGUUGUGCAGACAGUCAACAUUGAGCUCCAGGCUUCUGCUCCAACUCAACAACCCAAAAAGAAGAAGCAGAAGUCAAUGUCACCUGAUCAAGGUUUUGAGUCCUUGGAAGCAGGCUUACGAAAGGCUGACCUCACUUAUCAAGACAUUCAAUCCCUCAUUGAGAUUCUCCUGAACAAGCAACAGAGUGCUGUUGAUGUUGAAUGGACAAAGAAAGGACAAAGGGUUGAGACAGUGGCCCAACUGAAACGCCAACUGGAGGAGAAAGAAGAGGAACUUUCCAAUGAACAACAGCUGGUGCGAAACACUGCAGAAAAGAUGAAGGAAAUGAGAACUGAAUUGGCAGCUGAGAAGUCCAAGUUGGGGAAGAUGAAUGAAAUGCUGAUGAAGAAGCAACAGGAAGUCAAGGCUCUCCAUGCUGAACUUCAGAAAGUCAAAGAUCAAAAUGCAGCUGAUACAGCUGGUUUCCAAGCAAAAUGUCAACAGAUGCAGGAGAGAAUGAGAGGAACUCAACACAUUGCUGAUGAUGUAGGGAAACUGAGGGCAGCUAUGGAACAACUUCAGAAAGAAAGAAAUGCUUUGCAGCAAGCCUUGGAACAAAGUCAAACUCAAGUGAGCACUAUUCAGCAGGCCCAGGGUGAUAUGCAGUAUCAGUUGAGGAAACUUCAGCAUGAAAAGGAGAAAUUGAGGGAGAAAAACUGGAAAGUGAUGGAUGCUUUGAAUGCGGCCGAGGCUUCUCUGGCCCAGCAGAAGCAGUUUACCCGUGAGCUUGAAGAACGUCUGCUUCGAGAACAGGAACAAGUGAAAACACAUCUCAUCAAAGUCUUUCCUCAAGUGAAAAUUGAUCACCACCAGGAGUUUUCCUGUUGGGUGGAAACAUUUGAGAAGAAAGUCCAAGGCCUCUUGAAUGAUAGAAGUGAAAGUGAUGCCCUGACCAAGACUGAAUCAGCUAUGCAGUCACUUCAAGCUCAGCUUACGACACAGGCUGAAGAGAAUGCCAAAUUGAUGAAGGACAUUGAUCACUACAAGUCUAUUGUUGUGCAGACAGAGGCAUCUUGGUCAAAACUACAAGAAAGUGCAGAAAAGCAAGAACAAGAAUGGAAAAAGAAGGUAGAUGAUCGAGAUACUCGGGUCAGAGAUUUGGAAGCCAGCUUAAAACAGUUGGAGGAUGAACGUGAGAAACUUCAGCACAGCCUAAGCUCCAUACACACAGCCCAGGAGGCUGCUGAUGAGGUACGUGAUAUGGACCCUGAGUCUUUCCAAUCCCUUGUACACAGUUUCCCUGCCCUUGUACAUGAGUUGCAAGAGAAGCUGAAAGAACUGCAGGCCAAGUUAGAGUAUGAAGAGGAGCAGAAGUCUAACCUUCAGGCUCAAUUCUCAGAAAUCAACAAGUCCAAGUCCUCACUGGAGGAACAGUUGGAAUCGGCAAAUCACCACCUCACUUCAGUUGCUCAAUCAAAAGAGAAGGAGGGAGAAGAGAUCGAGAAACUGAAGAGUGAAAUUGAAUUUUUGAGAACUGAGAAUUCCACCUUGAAAUCUGGACAGUUGUCUGAGCUCAAAUCAAUGGAGACAGCUCUACAACUUGAGAAGUCCAGAUUCCAGGAGCAGUGCAAUAUUCAGGCAAGAAUGCUGGAGGACUUGAAUGAGACCAGAGCAAGACUGGCUGAAAAGGAAACUGUCUGCCUUCAUCUUGAACAAGAUAAUGUAGCACUCAAGGCCAACAAGAAUGAGGCAUAUAAUCAGAAUCAAGAAACUAUUGAGCGAUUGGAAGGGGAACUUAAAAAACUCCAAGAGCAUUCUUCCUCAGAUAGGCAAGAACUUGAGAAACGAGACAAAGAAGUCCUAUGUUUAAGGAAUGAAAACUUGGGACUGUCUCAACGUGCUGAAGCAAGUGAGACCUCAUUGCAGGAAGAAAGGGAGAAGAGUCAGAGUUUGGAAAAAGCCAUUUCAGGUCAUAUGCAACAUGCGCAGGAUAAUGAGAGCAUGCUAAAGCAAGAGCAAACCAAACUCCAGGAAUCAGAGAAGCUACUUAUUGAACAACUUGAACGAGCAGAGGCCAGUGAAAAUUCUAUUAGGCAAGAAAGAGAGAAGCUUCAGGAACUUGAAAGGCAGUUCCAGGAACAAAGUGCUCAGGCUAGAAACAAUGAAACACUUUUACAUAUGGAGAAGGAAAAACUGAAGGAGUUGGAGGCACAGCUGGCCAAACUGAGUCAUGAAGCUGACAGUCAUAAAACAAUGCUGGAACAGGAGCGAGAAAAACUCCGGAAACUAGAGGAAUGCCUUCAAGAAGAGAAACAAAAGGCUGAACAAAAGGAGAGUGCUUUGCAGGAGGAACGAAAGAGACUUCAAGAAUUGGAGAGUCGUCUGCAAAGCCAAACUCCUUUGGAAGACAUGGAAGGGUUGAAGUUGGCAUUGGAGUCGGAACGGACCACUUUGAAGGAGGAAAAUGCCAGGCUCUUGUCUUCUUUGGAGCAGGCAGACAAACAAAGGGAGAUCCAGGCUGAAGAGAUUUCCCGGCUGAAACAUGCAGCUGAUGAACAAGGAAGGAUGAUUGAAGAAGUAAAGAAAAAUGCUGCUGAACUCAGGUCUCAACUUGAAGCUAGGGAGAAUGCCUUGGCUGAAGAGCAGAACAAAAUUGCCAAAUUACAAGAGCAGCUUCAACAGUCUGAGGAGAAGCCCCAAAUAAAUGGUCCUGUGGAUCCUGGAACACAAUCUAUGCCAGAUGGUGCAUCUAGCAGUACUAACACAGGUCAUCAGUUGCCUUCCACUUCCUCCUCACAUUCCACCCUCCUCUCAUCCCCAUCUCCUGGUCCCACUCCUGCCACCUCCCAGUCUCCCUCCAUCUCUCACCUUCCCCCUGGCAAAAAGAGUAAAAAGAAAAAGCGGGAAGUUCUGUUUUCUUAUGUGAGACAGAACCUCUGCGCUCAUCUGGAGAAAGAAUGGGGUUCUGCAGAGCUCAUGGAGGAUCUUCGCUUGCUCUGGAUGCAGGCAGAAGCAGAGGGUAAGAGUGUGCCAGAUCUGAAGUUGGAAGACAAAGAACAUUUGAAGCUUUUCUUUAUCUCUCUGGUCAAUGAGGAGAUGGAUUCAGACCGAAAGACAACCAGCUUGAAACAACUUCAGGGGCAUAUGUGGAGGAAGGGCUAUCAAGAUGGACUCCUUCAGGCACAUGUCUAUGCAGAUGCAGCAGACUGCAUGAGGAAAUGGAAGUCUAUGGGAAUCGGGAUUUUCAUCUACUCAUCUGGGAGUGAGGAGGCACAGAAGCUUCUUUUUCAUUUUUCCAACCAUGGAGACCUCCUUCCACUCAUCAGUGAUCACUUUGACACAAAAAUUGGAGGCAAGAAAGAGGCAGCAAGCUAUGUCAAAAUCGCUCAAGAGAUUGGGAUGCAACCCAAUCAGAUCCUCUUCCUCACUGACAUAAUUCAAGGUGCUCAAUCUAUUUAAAUCAAAUUCCAACCUCUAUGGGAGACCUUUCAUAGAGGUUGAAAUUUUAUUCAUCUUGAUUAUUUCACUGACUUUUUUUCUCUCACUUAUUUGGACUUGCUUAUAGAAGGUAAAGCAGCACAGGAUGCAGGAAUGGAAGUUAUGAUUUCCAUCAGAGAGGGAAAUGCACCCAUUUCACUGGAGGAUCAGUCUCAUUUCACUUGUAUCACUGACUUCUACCAAAUCCAAGGCUACAAACCAUACAUUUUCCCUGUUCAAUAAAAAUUCUCAUUCACCCAUCCACAAUCUGUAAGAUAACUAAGCUUCCAG